UCCUAUACUAUAAUCUAUCCAACAUUUUUGACACCAAAAAAAAAUUACAAGCUAUGGCCACUCUCUCUUUCUCUUCUCCCCCUUCUUCUUCUUCCUCACUCCCAACUCUCAGAAAAUCCCCAAUUCUCCCUUCUAAUUCCUCAUUUUACCCUUCACUCCCCCAAUUCCCCAAACCCUUAUCCCUCAAAACCCUAACCCCCAAAUUCACCAUCUCCGCCGUCACCACCGCCGCCGCCGCCGCCGGAGAAACCUCACAAACCCUAAAAACUCGCCUGAAAAACGGCGAAACACUGUACGGAAUAUUCCUGUUAAGCUUCUCACCAACCCUAGCGGAAAUCGCCGGACUUUCCGGCUACGAUUACGCCGUAAUCGACAUGGAACACGGCCACGGUGGCAUCUCCGAUGCGCUACCGUGUCUACACGCAUUAGCCGCCACGUGUACACCGGCUAUUAUCCGAAUCCCUGAAUCAUCUGCCACGUGGGCUAAGAAAGCACUAGAUCUCGGCCCGCAAGGGAUCAUGUUUCCCAUGAUUGACGGGCCUAAAUCGGCCCGAAAAGCAGUUUCUUAUUGCCGUUUCCCUCCUAAUGGGAUACGUGGAUCUGCUCAUACUGUUGUUCGGGCUUCGGGUUAUGGAAUUAAUGAAGGGUAUUUAAGUAAUUACGCUGAUGAGCUCCUUAUUAUGUGUCAGGUUGAAUGUGCUGAUGGUGUUAAGAAGAUUGAAGAAAUAGCGGGAGUUGAUGGUGUUGAUUGUAUUCAAAUGGGACCGUUAGAUUUGAGUGCGAGUUUAGGGUAUUUAUGGGAUCCAGGGAAUAAGAAAGUUAGGGAAAUGAUGAAUGUAGCUGAAAAAGGGGUGUUGAAACGGGUUCCGGGUGAUGGUGGGGCUUAUUUGAGUGGAUUUGCAAUGCCGUUUGAUGGGCCUGAGAAGUUGAAAUCAAGAGGGUAUCAUAUGGUUAGUGGAGCUGUGGAUAUUGGGAUGUUUAGAAGUGCGGCUGUGGAGGAUGUAAAGAAAUUUAAGAUGAGUUUGGUUGAUGGUGAUGAUGAUGAAAAGGAUUGUAAAGAUGGUGAAGAGAAGUACUGGAGUGAAUAAAAAAAUUGAACUUUGUUAGAUUUCAUGGUAGAUUUAUUUUCUGUUUUUUGUUGAUUCUGAGCAUUUGGAAUAGCUCAAGUUUCGAAUUUAAGCUACUUAUGCAAUAGAGCCUUUUUUAGUCCUGAGCAAGACUCGUGUCGAUUGCUUCUUUUUGUUCCUUUUUAGCUGGUUUUCGCUUGAUUGUUUUAGUAGUUGAAAUUGGUUUAGUUGCUAGCUCA